UGACUGGUGGGUAGGAGGAGGAAGGCAGGAAGGCAGUCGGGCUGGACCGGGGGCUGCUGCUGCUGCUAGUCCGACUCACAGGCGAUCUGAACGGACUGGACCUGCGACGCUAGCCGCUGCUGCCGAGUCCCAGGCGGCAGCAACCAGCCUCUGGUGGUUUAGUCCAGGAAGCUACACCUGACCUAACCUUGAGUAGGGGAGCAGCGAACUGUUCUGUGUGCAGCCCUGGAGGUUAUCAGAUUAAAUCAGAGCCCCGGAACCUCUUGAUUUUAGGUGGCAUUCAACAUGUCUAUACUACCCUUCACUCCCCCGAUUGUCAAGAGGCUGCUGGGCUGGAAGAAAGGAGAGCAAAACGGACAGGAGGAGAAAUGGUGCGAAAAGGCGGUCAAAAGUCUCGUAAAGAAGCUGAAGAGGACGGGGCAGCUGGAGGAGUUGGAAAAGGCCAUCACAACACAGAAUGUCAACACAAAAUGCUUAACCAUCCCCAGGUCGCUGGAUGGACGUCUGCAGGUCUCGCACCGAAAAGGUCUUCCUCACGUGAUCUACUGUCGCCUGUGGCGCUGGCCGGACCUGCAGUCCCAUCAUGAGCUGAGGGCGGUGGACCACUGUGAGUUUGCCUUUCACACCAAGAAGGAUGAGGUGUGCGUCAACCCCUACCACUACCAGAGGGUGGAGACACCAGUUUUGCCGCCUGUGUUAGUGCCUCGUCACACAGAUAUUCCCACAGAGUUUCCACCACUGGACGACUACAGCCCGUCAAUACCUGAAAAUACCAAUUUCCCUUCCGGCAUAGAGCCUCAGAGCAACUAUAUUCCUGAAACUCCCCCUCCAGGGUAUCUGAGUGAGGAUGGGGAGGCAAAUGAUCACCAAGUUAACCACAACAUGGACACAGGUUCCCCCAGCCAUUCGCCCAACCCCGUUUCAUCCGCGAACACUAUUGCUGGCCUGCAGCCGGUGACGUACUGCGAAUCAGCCUUCUGGUGCUCCAUCUCUUACUACGAGCUGAACCAGCGUGUUGGAGAGACCUUCCACGCGUCCCAGCCCUCCCUCACAGUAGAUGGAUUCACAGACCCCUCGAAUUCGGAGCGCUUCUGCCUGGGCUUGCUGUCCAACGUUAACCGGAACUCCGCAGUAGAGCUCACUCGGCGACACAUCGGACGCGGCGUGAGGUUGUAUUACAUCGGAGGAGAAGUGUUUGCAGAGUGUCUCAGUGACAGUGCCAUCUUUGUCCAAAGUCCUAACUGCAACCAGCGAUAUGGGUGGCAUCCUGCCACAGUGUGCAAAAUACCUCCAGGAUGCAACCUGAAGAUUUUCAACAACCAAGAGUUUGCUGCCCUCCUCGCUCAGUCAGUCAACCAGGGCUUCGAGGCAGUUUACCAGCUUACCAGGAUGUGCACCAUUCGCAUGAGUUUUGUGAAGGGCUGGGGAGCUGAGUACAGACGUCAGACGGUGACCAGCACCCCCUGCUGGAUAGAGCUGCACCUUAAUGGUCCUUUGCAAUGGCUGGACAAGGUCCUCACACAGAUGGGCUCUCCCAGCAUCCACUGCUCCAGUGUCUCUUAGGAAAACUAGUCCCAAACAUGCAACGGAGGGGAAACCACAUAGGAAAAGUCAGGGUUUUGCCUGUGAUUAAGAAAGAAGCAUUAUUCAUUUAACUACACCUCAAUGGGUUAGAAUGCCUUUGGAAAUUUUUUUCAGUAAUUCAAUUCAGAUAUAUAAUAUCUUGUAUAGAUGUACCAGAGUGAUUUAUAUCCAGGGUUUGAUUCUGUUAUUUUUGAUGACUAUGAUUGACAGAUAAUGAAAAACCUAAGAUUCAGUUUCUUGGAAAAUUAGAAUGGCACAUAAAACUACUAAACAGCAUUUUUAGGGUAGAACGUUGGCCUACUGAAAUGAUGGUAAUCAUCUUUAUUUAUCAUUGCAACUUUGUACAUUCCAAAGAAACUUAGUCCUCUGCAUUUAACUGGAAACUUCACACAGGACCUCAAGCAGCUUGCGCUCUGUGCCCUGUCUAACGAUCCUCCAACAACUUGGAUCUGAAAUUUACUUUGAUCUGAUAGGAGGACUUUGGAUCACUGAAGACUGAUCGAGUAACCUUGCCUGCAAGCUGAAUUCUCGCUGUAACCCUUUGUGCGCUCACAGACACACGAGAAUCCAUCUUGUACCGCUCAGGCUUCAAAACCCGUUGUGUCCGAACCAAAAACGGUUCAGGCCAAUCACGUUGCAGUUUUGUGGUUUAAGGCGGGACAUAUUGGUGCGCCGAAAGCAAGAGCGGCCGAGCCAACAUAAAUAUGGCAGCGUGAGAGGACGUACGCGUAGCUGCUGCUAUCGCAUCUGUUUGUAAGAAUCCCCGAUUUCUUUGAAAAGAAGAGCAGCAAGAAGUUACUUGACUAGCUUACCUUCUUGUGGUUUCUCAUAGCACCUGCUACUUAUGUUUUAAUGUGAUACUGUUAUUGGCUAAAACCAACCUUUGGUAGGCGGACACUAGGUGUCGCUUCGCCCAAUCAGCCCAGAGUUCUGCUUAAUGUUUCUUGACCUGAACUGCCAGCUUCAUUAGCAAUAGCUCUCUGUGGCUAACCCUCCUAGUGUGUUCCUCCAACAACCUUUGCCAUAAUUGCUUGGAUCAUCGCAUUACGUUUUCAUAAAAUUAAAAAAUAAUUUUAUCUUAUUCAAAUUUUCUUAGAAACUGAAUUUAGUUUUUUUCAGCUGUAAGCUUAAUCAUCAAAAUGAACAUAAAUAAUUUGCUUUGCACCCAUUUUUCUGUGUUUUAAAGAGUUUAAUUUUAAUGAGUUGAAUUACUUAAAUGAAAGUUUCAAUGACAUUCUAAUUUUAGAUGCAAAUAUAUCUGAAUGGCCUCUCUCCUGUGCAAAAACAUUCAGUCCAUUUAAGAUAUUUUUGUGUCGUUGCGUGUAACCAGAUGGUUGUUGCAAGAAUAGUUUUCUUUAGAUUUUGGCACUUGUUUUAUAUUCGAGAAGACGAAUCAAACUGACCUUGUCACUCAUUCAGCCAUGUCAUUACUUAGUAAUGCAGGUUUUAUUCCUUACAGACAUUUGAAAUGUCUUCCCCAAGCUUAGAUCAUGUUAUAGGUUUAGCUUGGCCAACCAAUUUCUUUUAAUUCAAUGAAUUAAUAGUUUUGUGUCCAUCAGUGUUUCACUGACUCCCGAACACUGAAUGGAGAGGGGAGUUUAUGACAUGACACAUGAAAUCAUAUGAAAAGUAUUAAGUUGUGCGUUCAUGUAAUUGGUGUUUUAAGUAGAGACUACUUCCUUUAUUUAUAUAAAUGAUCUAAUUUAUGAUUCGAUUGGUAUUUUUGUCUACACAAAGAAAAAAAAGCACUAUUGUUUCUAUAUAUAUAUAUAAAAACAUAUGAACUAUUUUCUUCUGUGAAAGAGACAUAGUAAAAGUUAUUUUUGCAUAUGGUCUGGCAUGGGAAUAUAUUUUUAUGAUUUCCUAAAUAUGACUGUACAUAAAUGGUUAGAGCUUGUAAUUUCAUAUAGGAAUAAUGCUUGAAAUCCCGACGGACGUCUGCUGUAAGGCUGACUCAUAAGACUUUAACAACCACAGACUUUUGAGUUGCAUAAAGUUUGCUUCAACCCUACGUCAGCUGGCUGCACACUUUUGGAACAGAUUUCUGCAUCAUAAUUUAACUCUUAAUGGAGGCAUGUGGCAGACCGCGUUUGUCUUCAGAAGAGGUUAGUUGAAUUUCGACACCAUGUGACAUCGAGAUGAACGCAGGAAACGCUACUUUUUAUUUCUUUUACCAACAGUUAACCUAUUGUGAAACUCUGUCCUUGUGAGUAAAUGAUGCGCGUCCAGUUGUCUGUGUUAAUCGCUUUAAUGCUGUAGUGAUCGCUCGCCCGAAAAACACUGUUUAUCACAUGUGCCGUGUUCUAAUGUAAGGCAUGUGUAACUUCACUGUCACUGACCGCCGUCUCUGGUUCCACCAUGUUCAUCCUGCACUUACAGUACAUAGAAACCAUGUUCCCAUGUGAUCCAUAACACCGACAUGGUGGUAGCCUAAAUGCUGUGUACUUUAGUGCAUUAUGUAGUCGGUAGACCUCCGUUUCUCCCCAAGUCUUUGUAGUUGCUUUUCUGGGCCAAGUCUUACACAAAUGUAGCAUUUUUUUUCUUCCCUUUGUCAAGUGACUGAAACAAGUUGUUAUAAAUGUGACAUUUUAUUAAAAUGUGACACGAGA